UCGGCGUCAAAAAAAAAGGUAUCCGUGUGUGACAGUUGUCAGGAGUAAUUACAUUUUUAUCACGUACUCUCGAUUAUUGAUCUCAUUCACCGUUAAUUCAAUAUGUCGAUUGACAGGGUUACGAGUUUAAUCUCGUUACGAAGACACAUGAUUUUCCGAUUGUCACACUAAAAUGGUUAAGCAAAUUGAUGAUUUAAUGGUUAAUGCGACGUUCCCAUUGUGAAAAUGAAUUAUUCAGGUUUAUGAGAGUGAAAAUAAAACUGGAGCUAUGGAUUAUGAGUACAUGCCCUUUCAAAGAGAGAGAGAUAUUCAUAAUAGAUGCUGUGGGGGAAAAUUCUGGUGUAUCAAGGAUAUAUGUGGAAUAAUCUGUGCCAUUCUAACAUGGCUUCUCAUUAUUUAUGCUGAAUUCGUUGUGAUGGCUGUCAUUCUCAUUCCUACUAUUCACACGUUCUAUUCCAGUGUAAAUAUGGCUAUUUAUCAAACUAUGGCGUUUUUAGCUUUCGCCUCACAUCUGAGAACAAUGUUCACUGAUCCAGGAGCCGUGCCAAAAGGUAAUGCAACCAAAGAAAUGAUCGAACAAAUGGGGUUUAGAGAGGGCCAGGUGAUAUUCAAAUGUCAGAGGUGUUGCUCUAUUAAACCCGACAGGGCACAUCACUGCUCGGUUUGUCAGAGGUGCAUUAGGAAAAUGGAUCAUCAUUGUCCUUGGGUCAACAAUUGCGUUGGGGAGAAUAAUCAAAAAUAUUUUGUACUUUUUACAUUUUACAUCGCCGGAAUAUCGUUGCAAUCAUUGUUCCUGUGCAUUCAACAAUUCACAACUUGUGUAAGACAAGAAUGGCGUGAAUGUUCAACAUUCAGUCCACCGGCCACAGUUGUACUUCUGCUAUUUCUCACAUUCGAGGCUUUGCUUUUCGCAAUUUUCACGGCCGUCAUGUUAGGGACCCAAUUGCAAGCGAUAUGGAACGAUGAAACGGGGAUAGAGCAGUUGAAGAAGGAAGAGGCCCGAUGGGUGCGUAAUAGCAGAUGGAAAUCAAUUCAAGCUGUCUUCGGUAGAUUCUCAGUUGCUUGGUUCUCUCCAUUUACGUCACCCCCAAAUGCCAAACCUAAAUUAGACUCUUAUCUUUAUUCAGUUUGAGUUAUCAUAUUCUGUGAAAUCGAAUUGCGUUGUUGUACAUAUCAUAUAGGUAAGACUUGGGAAAUUAUAUGCGCCUGUCUGCACGUCACUGAUUACAACGGAUGCCAUAUAUCCGUUUUUCGAUUUAAUUUGUCCACUCAUGAAAGAAUUUCAUAGAAAAAAAGAGGUGAAAUCGAUGAGAAAUGUGUUGAUCCUAUAUUGAAUUGUUAUUAAUUUUGUUCUUGAAUUAGUUCAACAAGUGGACAUUGCUGAAGAUAUUUCAAUAUAGUUUUUGUUGCCAGUAAAUUAGCAACUGGCCUUCGAAUGGAUGUGAAUUUUUAUCAAGAGGAUUUUUUAAAAUUGAUAUUGAUGAAUAGAGUUUAUUUAUGUUUAGAUCGUGCAUAUGAUUGCGUAUAUCCAUCGGAUUUUUGUUUGAAUCAUGCACUGUAUGUUUAUAUAUUUUCUAUCGAAUAGAUAAAUUUUUCUAUGGAAUUUUUUCACAUGUGUUGCGAAAUUGAUAACAAAUGUUACAAAAAAUUCAAUACCUCUGGUGGUUACAGACCAUAAAAAUUCAAAACGAUGAUUGUAAUAGUGCCUGGAAAUUAAUGGAAACAUAAAAUGACUAGAUCAUGUGUAUAUAUAGACAUAAGUUGAGGAUUUUUUGUAGCGCAUACCUAGGUGUUUGCAAUUUUAUACGAAUUAGGCAUAGCUUUUUUGAUGAAUGGCUGAAUAUUAAUCAGGACUUUUUAACCUUCCUUACUAUGUAAUCUGAAUAAUUGAAACAAAUAUGAGUAUCUCAAUGAAGAAGCAAAAUUACUCUCAAUAUUAAUCUGUAUUUGACAUUCCAUGAUAAUUAAAUCUUCCGCAUUGAAGCUAUAACUAUCGUACAUUCAGCGCACUGACGCUGAGUUACGCUUUGCCACGUCUGUACUUACUCUUGAGUAAGAGACAACUGUACAUCUAAUAUAUUGUAAUCGAAAAACCAUGAAGCAUGCAGUAAGUUUAAGUGAAAAAUAACUUGCUGUGCAAUCUGUGUGAUAAAUGAUGAGUGCUUAGAUACGAUUAUCGAAGUUCAUUCAUGAUCAUUGAUAUACGAAUGAGAACAGGAGGAAUGGAGAUUACAGACCACUUACUCAUGAUUUAGGAGUGGAUUCAGCACUGUUCCACGCUCCUAUAUCACAAAUGAAGACAUCACACUUUGUUUUAUAUCCAAACAAAUAUUGGGUUAAUAAACUUCAUU